UUACCCGACCCCACAUCUCAUGGAAGACAACGUGUUCGCGAAACCACAGCACCAAUGUGAGUAUAUAUAAAUAUCUAUGCCCUUCAAUAGUAAGUCCUGAGAGACUGUAACAUGAGCAUGGCGAACUUCCCACGUCUCCCAUCAUCCGGCAUCAAAGUCAUCAUCGUAGGCGCUGGCUUUGCAGGAGUCUCAGCAGCCAUAGAAUGCGACCGCAAAGGCCAUUCCGUUGUCUUACUCGAGAAAGCCGCCAACAUUGAAGAGAUAACGCGUUUUGGCGAUAUCAUAUCAUUCGAUCCGAAUGGCGCGCGAAAUUUCGAGCGCUGGCCUGGCGUUAUCGAAGCAAUGCAGAGGGUUGCUCGACAGACGACUUGGCUAGAUCUGUAUCAUUGGAAGGGAGAAUUUGUAACAAGACAGAGUUUUGAGGAAGAGAAGACGUGGGGUCCUAGGAUCAAUGGACAUCGUGGUGAGCUGUAUAGCAUCAUUCACCAGCACGCAACUGACCGGGGGCUCGAUAUGAGAAUGGGUCAGAGAGUCACGGAUUACUUCGAAGAUGAAGAGAAGGCUGGCGUGGUCGUCAACGGUGAAGAGAUGUUCGCCGACGUGGUCAUCGCAGCGGAAGGCGUGCGAUCGCGAGGGCGAAAAAUCGUCUUAGGCUUCGAUGACAAGCCGAAAAGUUCAGGCUACGCAGUGUACCGAUCCUGGUUCUCAGGUGAUGCCAUCAAAAACAAUCCCAAGUUGGCGCACCUCGUGGACGGCGAUUCGCACUGUGGCUGGAUCGGGCCAGAUCUGCACUUCCUCGCUUCAUCCCUGAAGAACGGAAAGGAGUUCAACUGGGUGUUCACUCAUGUUGACGAUGGCAACAUCGAAGAGAGUUGGCAGUUUCCGGGGAGGGUAGAAGACUGUCUGAAGUACGUCGAGGGCUGGGCGCCAAUCGUACAAGAGAUUGUCAGAUCAACUCCUAAAGGGGGCCGCCUUAUUGAUCACAAACUCGUGUUCCGCGAUCCAUUGCCAACAUUCAUCUCCCCAAAAUGUCGUAUCGCUUUGAUUGGAGAUGCUGCACACCCUUUUCUUCCUACGUCAAUCCAAGGAGCCAGUCAGUCGAUCGAGGACGGUGUCGUAUUAGCCGCUUGUUUAGGGCUGGCAGGCAAGAACAGUACUCCAUUGGCAGUGAGGGCCUAUGAAAAGAUUCGCUAUGAGAGAGUGCACAAAGCACAGGCGACGGGCGUAAAGACACGGGAGAAGUGGCAUAAAGCCAACUGGGAUGAAAUUGCGAAGACUCCCGAGGCAAUCCACCUCACGAGAGAGGCCUGGCUCCUGAAUUUUGAUGCUGAGAAGGACUGCUAUGAGAGGUUUGAGGAAGUGGCGAGAGAGUUACGGGGCGAGCGUGCUCGAUUGUAGAAGCAUAGUUGUAGAUUUUCAGUAGAUUUCUACACAUGCAAAUAUGAGCUACCUGGAUAUCU